UUCUUUUUUUCUUUUACGUGUCUUUUCUUUCUUUCUUUUUAGUGAUGACAAGUAUUCCACCUCAUUAUACAGAUCGUUUUAUUGUGUCAAGAUACAAUAAGGCCUUACAUUUUGUACAAAAUUUACCUGCUAGUUCAAGUUUUCAACCUACAAAGAACCAGAAACUGGAAUUAUAUGCACUUUAUAAACAAGUAUCUGUAGGUGAUAUCAAUACACAACGACCUGGAUUAUUUGAUGUGGUAGGCAGAGCAAAAUGGGAUGCUUGGAAGAAAUUAGAGGGCAUGUCGGUGUUGGAAGCAAGGCACAUUUAUGUAGAGGCACUUUUAAGAAUUGCAGCAGAGGCAUAUAAAAAAAAUUUAGGAAGAGAAGAGGCACAACAAAUUAUGCAUGCUUUUGCUAUUAUGAGACCUUCUGGAGAUGAUGAUGACAGUGAAGAUGAUGAUAAUACAUCUCAUUCAGAAGAAGAAGAAGAACAGGCUUAUUUAAAUCAAAUUCAAUCCAGUAUAACAAGACGACCUGGAUCUGUUGCUUCUAUUCAGACUACAGUCACUGCACCUACAACACCACGCCAAAUGCCUAUUAAUGGUAUGCGUCCUCGUUCAAGACUGAAUGUUCAGAUGAUGACAAGGGAUGACUUGCCUCAACCAGAAGCCUUUGUGGAUCCCAAUGUCAAUCCUUGGCAACAUAUACCACCUCUUUCUACUCGAAACCAUCAUGAUACAAGUAGUGAAGAUGAAUCAACAAGCAAUAGAAAAAGAUUGCUUGUACGUAAAUCAUCACUUCGAUUACCUUCCCCUAUAUCAAAAUAUCCCAACAUGACACGGUUUCAAUCACCUGCAAGUACCACAACCACAUCUUCUUCUGUGACUACUACACCACAUAACAUGUAUGAAGCCAAUCGAUUGUAUACUGAGAAUACAACAAGAAAAGCAAUAGAAGCAUUACAGACACAAGUGGUUGCAUUAAAUGAUCGUAUAGAUGAUUUACGCCGAGAAUUAGUGGAAAGAGAUAGACAACGCUAUAUCCACAGACAAGAUAAAGAAGACAAAGACAAAGAGGAAGAGGAAGAAGAAGAGGAACAAAAUGAUUGGACAUGGGUGAUAAAAGCAGCCAUUAAGCAUGCAGGUGUGAAUCUGAUGACAGUGUUUAUAUUGCUGAUUAUUUUAUACAAAUCAGGUAGCCCUGUUGCUUAUGCAAUCAUGAAACAAGCCAGUAAGAUGUGGCAAUCAUUUAAGCUUCGUGUCUUGAUAAGUCGUGUCAUAUAAAGUCAUGUGUGUGUAUGUAUAUGUAUUUCUUUUCUUUUUUACCAAAAAAAAAAAAAAUGCCUCCUUUUCAUGAAGAACAUGUAUUUCGACGUUUAACUUCUUCUGAAUUAAGCAGAACACAGCAUAAACUUCAAUUACAGAGAAUGUCCUUCUUUAACCAAAGACAAAAAUUAUUUGGACCAUCCUCAUAACAUGAAAAGACUCACAAAGGAACUGGAUCGCAUAAACCGAGAAUAUCAUAAUCUACGUCAAUUUGAAGAUCCUCUUCAAGCUUCAUUCAAGCGUAUAUCCAAUCUACAUCUACAAGAAGAGGGUAUGCAUCAUAUUCAUCCAAAAGUAACACAUUAUAUAAAACGAUAUCGGUAAAGAAUAAAGA